AUGAGCUUCUCAGGCGCGUCUGACGAGGGAACCCGAGCGACGAACUCAACAGACACGAAUGGACCCUCAAGCUCAACUUCGCCCAAUUCCAAGGUUCAGACCGCUUGGCAAUCUGUUAAGACCAAUUUCAAGGUAAAGACAUCAAUGCCUGACUUGAAACGCUGGUUGUCAUCCCCACGAGCUUCAGAGUCUAACAGCCAAGGAGAGGAGCGCCACCCCGAAGACGAAGAGGAGAGCCUUUUCGGCGAAUCUCUCCUCGGUUUGAUGCAACAGACUGGCAGAUUUGACUACCUCGACUACAACAAAGACAUAUCCGAGCAGGACGAUGAAAGGAUUGUAAUCGCAGAGAAAGAGAAAGUGAAAGAGAAACAGAAAGAUCUACGGCGUUCACUAAAGCGAUUUAGCUGGUCACGCUAG